AUGGCUCAGAGAAGUGCACUUUCCGAGGAUCUCGGCUCCAAGAGGAGUGAGUACCCUGUGGGUCCCCUGUGCCUCCUUUAUAUGGGGGGCAGAGUAAUUGCUCAGGACGGCGUGGGCAUUUUACGGAAGGGGGUGGCUGCGAAGAAAGAGAAAUUUGCAGACUCCGUGUUGGGGGCUGCCCCCGGGCCCCUGGGCGUCUGGAGACCUUUCCCUUCCUCCUCCUCCUCUUGCUGCUGCUUCUCCUCGCUGCUGGAUGUGAACAGCUGGCUGCUCUUCUACGGCUUCUUGUACCUGGCCCUCUAUGCCCAGGUGUCCCAGUCCAAGUCCUGCGACAAAAUCUCCUGCUUCUCGGGUCAUUGUGUCAACUCCACCUGUGUCUGCGACCAGGGCUGGGUGGGAGACCAGUGCCAACACUGCCAGGGCAGGUUCAAGUUAACAGAACCUUCUGGAUAUUUAACAGAUGGACCAAUAAAUUAUAAAUAUAAAACUAAAUGUACAUGGUUAAUUGAAGGAUAUCCAAAUGCGAUACUAAGAUUAAGAUUUAAUCACUUUGCCACAGAAUGUAGUUGGGACCAUAUGUAUGUAUAUGAUGGAGAUUCAAUAUAUGCACCUUUAAUAGCUGUAUUUAGUGGUCUAAUAGUCCCUGAAGUACGUGGAAAUGAAACUGUUCCUGAGGUAGUUACUACAUCUGGCUAUGCAUUGCUACACUUUUUUAGUGAUGCCGCUUAUAACCUAACUGGAUUUAACAUUUUUUACUCAAUUAAUUCUUGUCCUAACAACUGCUCAGAACAUGGGAAGUGCACAACCAGCAUGUCUGUACCAAGCCGGGUAUACUGUGAGUGUGACAAGUAUUGGAAAGGAGAAGCCUGUGAUAUUCCGUACUGUAAAGCCAACUGUGGCAGUCCGGAUCACGGGUACUGUGAUUUGACAGGCGAGAAGCUGUGUGUUUGCAAUGACAGCUGGCAAGGUCCAGAUUGUUCUUUGAACGUCCCUUCCACGGAGUCUUACUGGAUUCUGCCAAACGUAAAGCCAUUCAGCCCUUCUGUGGGCCGGGCUUCCCAUAAAGCAGUCCUACACGGGAAAUUUAUGUGGGUGAUUGGCGGAUACACUUUUAACUACAGUUCAUUCCAAAUGGUGUUGAACUACAAUUUGGAAAGCAGUAUAUGGAAUGUAGUACCUGUAUCCAAAGGGCCGCUCCAGAGAUACGGACACACUCUUGCUUUAUACCAGGAAGACAUCUAUAUGUAUGGAGGCAAAAUCGAAACAAAUAAUGGCAAUGUUACUGAUGAGCUGUGGAUUUUCAACAUACGCAGUCAAACAUGGAGUACCAGGACUCCUGCGGUACUUGUCCAUGGCCAACAAUAUGCUGUGGAAGGUCAUUCAGCACACAUAGUGGAGCUGGACAGCAGAGAUGUGGUUAUGAUUAUAAUUUUUGGAUAUUCUGCCGUAUAUGGAUACACAAGCAUUGUACAAGAAUACUACGUCAGAUCUAAUUCUUGGCUUGUACCAGAAACAAAAGGAGCAAUUGUGCAAGGUGGAUAUGGCCAUACUAGUGUCUAUGAUGAACUGACAAAAUCUGUUUAUGUCCAUGGUGGAUACAAAGCGUUACCUGGCAAUAAAUAUGGAUUGGUGGAUGACCUUUACAGAUAUGAAGUUAAUACUCGAACAUGGACUAUUUUGAAAGAAAGUGGUUUUGCAAGGUAUCUUCAUUCAGCUGUCUUAAUCAAUGGAGCUAUGCUCAUUUUUGGUGGCAACACUCACAAUGAUACUUCCCUGAGUAAUGGUGCAAAGUGCUUUUCUGCUGACUUUCUUGCAUAUGAUAUAGCUUGUGAUGAAUGGAAGAUUUUGCCAAAACCUAAUCUGCAUCGAGAUGUCAACAGAUUUGGUCACACUGCUGUUGUUAGUAAUGGGUCCAUGUAUAUAUUUGGGGGUUUUUCAAGUGUUCUUUUGAAUGACAUCCUUGUGUACAAGCCUCCAAACUGCGAAGCGUUCAGAGAUGAAGAGCUGUGUAAAAAUGCUCGUCCAGGGAUAAGGUGUCUGUGGAACAAGAAACAUUGUGAAUCCUGGGAAUCUGGACAUGCUAAUAACAUCCUUAGAGCAAAAUGUCCUAAGAGAACAGCUGCUGCAGAUGACAGAUGUUACCGAUACGCAGACUGUGUGAGCUGUACUGCCAAUACCAACGGGUGCCAGUGGUGUGAUGACAAGAAAUGCAUUUCGGCAAAUAGUAACUGUAGCAUGUCGGUUAAAAACUACACCAAAUGUCAUGUGAGGAAUGAACAGAUCUGCAAUAAACUGACGAGCUGCAAAAGCUGCUCGCUGCACCUGAACUGCCAGUGGGACCAGCGGCAGCAGGAGUGCCAGGCACUACCUGCUCAUCUGUGUGGGGAAGGAUGGAGUCACGUUGGAGAUGCUUGCCUUCGCAUAAAUUCUAGUCGUGAAAGCUAUGACAAUGCCAAACUGUAUUGCUACAAUCUAAGUGGGAAUCUUGCCUCAUUAACAACCUCAAAAGAAGUGGAAUUUGUUCUGGAUGAAAUACAGAAGUACACACUUCAGAAAAUUUCACCUUGGGUAGGUUUACGUAAGAUCAACAUCUCCUACUGGGGCUGGGAUGACAUGUCUCCUUUUACAAAUACAACUCUGCAGUGGCUUCCUGGAGAGCCAAAUGACUCCGGCUUCUGUGCAUAUCUAGAAAGAGCAGAGGUGGCAGGUCUGAAAGCGAAUCCGUGCACUGCUAUGGCAGAUGGUCUUGUGUGUGAAAAACCUGUCGUUAGUCCCAACCAGAAUGCCAGACCCUGCAAAAAGCCAUGCUCCCUGCGAACAACAUGUUCUAACUGCACGAGUAAUGGUAUGGAAUGUAUGUGGUGCAGCAGUACUAAACGAUGCGUUGACUCAAACGCCUAUAUAAUCUCCUUCCCGUAUGGACAGUGCCUAGAAUGGCAAACUGCCACUUGCUCCCCUCAAAACUGCUCUGGACUGAGGACCUGCGGACAGUGUUUGGAACAGCCCGGGUGUGGAUGGUGUAACGAUCCCAGUAACACUGGAAAAGGACAAUGUUUGGAAGGAUCGGCAAGAGGCCCAAUGAAGCCUGUUGGUGUGCACUCUAGUGAAAUGGUGCUUGAUGCUAGUCUCUGUCCAAAAGAGAAAAAUUAUGAAUGGUCUUUUAUCCAGUGUCCAGCUUGCCAGUGUAAUGGCCACAGCACCUGCAUCAACAGUAAUGUCUGUGAUCAAUGUAAAAACUUAACAACAGGAAAACAGUGUGAAACGUGUAUGCCAGGAUAUUAUGGGGAUCCCACAAAUGGAGGACAGUGUACAGCUUGCACAUGCAGCGGACAUGCAAAUAUUUGCCACAUGCAAACAGGAAAAUGUUUCUGCACGACUAAGGGAAUCAAAGGAGACCAGUGUCAACUCUGUGACUCUGAGAAUAGGUAUCUUGGAAAUCCACUUAGGGGAACAUGCUACUACAGCCUUUUAAUUGAUUACCAGUUUACCUUCAGCUUAUUACAAGAGGAUGAUCGCCAUCACACUGCCAUAAACUUUAUAGCGAAUCCAGAACAGUCAAAUAAAAAUUUGGACAUAUCGAUUAAUGCAUCAAACAACUUCAACCUCAAUAUUACGUGGUCUAUUGGUUCUACAGCUGGAACAAUAUCUGGAGAAGAGAUUCCUGUUGUUUCUAAGGCUAAUAUUAAGGAAUACAGAGAUAGCUUUUCCUGUGAAAAAUUUAACUUUCGGAGCAACCCAAACAUCACUUUCUAUGUUUAUGUCAGCAAUUUCUCCUGGCCAAUCAAAAUACAGAUUGCCUUCUCACAGCACAAUACUAUCAUGGAUCUGGUGCAGUUCUUUGUCACCUUCUUCAGUUGUUUCUUAUCCUUACUGCUGGUAGCUGCUGUCGUUUGGAAAAUCAAACAAACCUGUUGGGCUUCUCGACGGAGAGAGCAACUUAUGCGGGAGCGACAGCAGAUGGCCAGCCGCCCCUUUGCUUCUGUCGAUGUAGCACUGGAAGUAGGAGCUGAGCAAACAGACUUUCUACGAGGGCCAUUAGAGGGUGUUCCUAAACCAAUUGCUAUCGAGCCAUGUUCUGGAAAUAGAGCCGCAGUCCUCACAGUAUUUUUAUGCCUGCCCAGAGGAUCAUCAGGAGUUCCACCCCCUGGUCAGUCAGGUCUUGCAAUUGCGAGUGCACUGAUAGACAUUUCACAACAGAAGCCUGCGGACUGUAAAGAUAAGAGUUCAGGAGUCAGAAAUCGAAAACAUCAUCUUUCAACACGUCAAGGAACUUGUGUCUGA